AUCAUACAUAGCUUGUGGUUCACUGAGUAAGUAACCUUGCUUAAUUCACUGGCCGGCUAGGUUGGGACGAUUUUGUCAGUUGCUGUUUGGAGAGCUAGAGUGUGGGCGACACAUAGUAGGGGUGUAACUUUCCUACGGCCACAUGUACCUUGCAUAUGGUAACAGUUAUCGACUCUCUCUGACAAUCCAGUAAGACUAUCUCGGGUUUCUUCUUUCGAGCCUAAGGAUUUACCGUUUUUCUUCAUGGGAUAUAACUAAAGAUUGAAGGAUACUUUGUACGUAAACGAUUUUUCACGGAUCAGCUGUGUGGUGAAACCGUACCGAGGCGUGUAACCGUCUGAAAAGUACUACAUAUUAUUAUAAAGUUAUAUGCAACUAGUGGAGAGUUUACCGACAUACGGAGUACAUUACUACGAGCUGAAAGAUAAAACUGGUAUCCCGUGGUGGCUGGGUCUCAGUUACAAGGGAAUUGGCCAGUACGAUAUCACAGAUAGGCUCAUCCCAAGAAAGGUCUUCCAGUGGAGACAGCUCCAGAACAUCUUCUAUCGUGAUCGGAAAUUUUCUAUCGAAGUAAUCGAUCCAAGGAGAGUUGUGCAUACAUUGAGCAGUUUGAACCUGUAUGAAGAGUCAUUGGAAGAGGACAUUUAUGAUGAAUUGUCGGAUGCGAUUGCCGACCCUACAACUCAAGUCUCUGUGAGUAAGCGUACAUUCGGCGUGACUAACUCCAGCCUCCAUACAUGGUAUGGGUCCCCAGUAAUGGUCAAGUCUAUGUGGACAAUGGCAGUCAGUCAACACCAGUUCUAUCUGGACAAGAAACACAGCAAGGAGCGGUACCCAGCACAGCGUAGCUUUAAUCAAAUAGCCAAGGAUCUAACGACGAGCACCAACUCGCUGACGUCUUCACACACGUCUGAGAUGAGCGAGGAGCAGACGGAAGGUUGUACCAACCUGGUCUUAUUGAAAGACGCCAAAGAUGCAUCCUCGAGAGAGCUACUCGCCAUCGAGGGGGAGGCGGCGCGGAAGGAGCUGGUGGAAGCUCUCAAGGCGCGCAAGGUGGUUCUCCAAGACACCCUACAGGAGAAACUCGACAGUCUCAGGCUGCUCUGUCUGAACGAAGCGGAGUUAACGGGAGAGCUACCCAUUGACUUUCCGCGAAUUCCAGGGGAGCCCCUUCCCCGCCCAAAGACAAGAGUAACAACUGCGUUUACGCUCUCCGAUAAGGCUGUGAACACCCCGGAACAUAACUCUGAGGAUGAUGGGCUUUCCAAACUGGAGAGUGAGUACGAGAUCCAAUCAAAGAUUACUACGGCAGCCAUGAAACUCGCUAAUGACCCGACCAUAAGCAAGAAAGUCCGUAAGACUCGCAGGGAUUCCUACAAGAAGUCAGCCCUCAGGCUGAACAGCAUUGAAGUUCAGCUUACAGAUUUGCGCCACAGACUUGGCCUGGAAAUAGAGGAGCCGACCGCUGAGAGAAAAGCCCUGGAUGAGUACAACAGCUUGAAUCGCUCUGGUCGUAAGGCGAGCACUCCUCACACACCACCAGCAUCUAGAUUUGGAUUCGGAUUCAUGUCGGAACGAGGCAGAACUAAAACCUUAGACGAUCGGAAAGGAGCAAGAAUACGCUCCAAGAGCGUUCCUCGUCAGUUGUUGAACGGAGGCUGGCGGUCCCCGUCGCAGAGUCGGAAAAACAAGCCGCCCUUACCGGUGGAGAUUUACUCGGACAGUCCCCCCCAAACGGAGUCCCCGAAGGUCUCCAAGAAGGGUGACGCUAAGAAGCCACCACGUGGAAAUAAGAUGAGCCUGAACUUUUUUGAGCCCUCCAUAAAGGAGAGUAAUGUGGAGCUUGCGAGGAGACCGUCUGAUGACUUGCUUAAUCGUCAGCCUCGCCAGUCGAGAUCAAAUAGCGUGAGUAGCAAGGACAGUUUAAUCUCGCAGAGAUCUGCUGAUUACGUUGAGAGCCAGCGUCCCCAACCACCUUACCCCAAACCUGCGGUAAGUUACACAGACUCUUUCAGCAAGAGCACACCUUCGUUAAAUGUGCAGGGAGAUGUCCCUGGCGACUCGCCCCGUCGCCACAGAAACCCGUCAUCAAACUCUGGAAGCAAAGGGAGCUCCGUAGCCUCGGCGAGGGCGCCACCCCCGUCGUAUCCGACUAGUAAUUUCCGAUCGCUGAACAGAACUGGACGGUACCACGAGUCCCCAGAGUUGAGUACGACUCCGAGGGACUACGACCCCGCCCCGUUACGGCAUCACGCCGCCUCCCUGCAUGAUCUGCAGAUAUUAUCGGCGCGUCAGGACUUCCCGCUGCCUGACGACGAUCUGGAAUACCAUCAGCAGCCAACGUCCCUGAGCCAGCCGGCUUCUCCGAAAAAACACCAUUCUUUGGGCAAUCUCCUUCUGAAAUCAAACAGUAUACAGAGUCAGAACUCUGACGAUCAGAGCUCGACAGAGUACACGCCAUACCGGAGUCGGACUUCCUAUCGAUCCCAGAAGUACCAGAACUAUGCCAGCCGGCUGCAGGGUCCAAAGAAAUUUGAAUUUGAGGAAGUGAACAGCUACAUUAACCAGCCGUACGAUCCGCGCAGUGAUCAACCUGAUCAGAGGCUAGAUCAGGAUGAUUAUCAUGAUUACGCCGAGCAACUUGCUCCCUCAGAGCGCGGAUCAGAGCGCGGUUCAGAGCGCGGUUCAGAGCGCGGUUCCAGUCAUUCGUCAUCGGUCGCCGGCGACUUCCAAAACGGAGGGAAUCGCAACCGCCAUCACUCCAUCUCCUCCCAGCAAUCGUCGAGUAGCUCCUCCCACAGCUCCUCUUUGGCCGUGCAGCUAGGGUCCAACGGCUCCCCCUACCACUCCCAAAGAACUCCCGUCUACACCCACGUCUCGGAGUACACCUCCAGCUACGCUACUAUCUCUCACACCCCCUCUAACAUGAGCGUUGCUUCCCACAACAUGAGCACCCACUCCCAGUCUAUGACUCUCUACCAGGAGCCCCAACCCGCAAACUCGUACCGGACUGAACCCCAGCCGGCUUCCGUGUAUCGGACGACGUCAUCCAUGGUUCUACGUCCACAGCAGACGUUUGGCACUGGUAUAGCGGUCAGUAAGGUCCACUACCAGCCGGUCACCCCCAUGACUUGCGAACCAGUGGCCCGCCACAAGAAAGCCACGCACCCAACAUCUGCAAAUAGCUUUCCCUCGUUCACCGCUCUAGACGGUAGCCCCAGAGUCCGACCGCAUGAAGAACGAGUUCCGCCCAAUCAUCAGAAGAUUUCGCGUGACUCUUUCUCCGCAUCACUAGAUGACUUGACGUACCGCGGCGACGCCGGGGAAUCGCUGGCGAUAGCGGACAGCUUCAGCGAAGAAAUGUUGGCCUGGCUGGAGGAUCACGACAGCAGCGCCCAGUCGGGAACACUUGUCUGACGCAACGAGAUACAGCAGAGAAAGCUGCUGUCAAAUUAAGUUCCCCAUCCCCUGGGCUGGUUCCCAACAUCUCUUCGCUGAAGCUGCGACCUUCUGCUGGCAGAUUGUACAAUCUCACCCACGACCUCUUCAUCGACAACCCCUCAUCGGUGGUCCUCUGUACAUCACAAACUCUCUCUCUCUCCUGUUGUAGUUUACCUGUAAAUAAACGUCUCUUUGUAAAUUAUUGUCUCGAUCAUUCGUGUGUACAUUUUAUAAGGUUAUUUUAAAUGAAAUGGUCAGACGGAAUACAAAUUUUACGGAAGAAUAUUAAGUUAUAUAUUUUUUAUGGCAAGUGUUUCCUUUUAAGUGGCUGAUUUUUCUCGUUAUAGAAUUUGAUUUUCAGACUUCUGAGUUUUUUUUAUUUCCUUUAUACCAAAGUUCUGUUUUUGAAAUAGGGAGUACGUUUCAUUAAUAGUUGUUCUUUUAAAUUUUGAUAACGCAAAUGAUACAAUUUUUGGGGGGAAGCGUGAGUGACAAAAAUAAUGCAAAAUUUAGUAUUCUUGACAUGAGAUAAACAAUUGUGUUUACUGAAAACAACUAAUUGUAUUACUCCAAAGAAAAUGUUUCUAUUUAGAUUUUUGGGAGUGACACAAGAAACGUUUUUAUUGAAGAUUUGUUUUUGUUUUUUCAUAUCUCAAGAAUACCAUAUUUUGAAAUUAGUUGGAAUUUUUACAAAUUCAGUAUGUCAAUGAACCCAACAGUGAACUGAAUAUUUUAUAAAGACGCCAACAAAUUAUAGCUAAGUAACUAAGAAUAAGUGUGCCCCUUUCUACUUAAUUCAGCAGUUGCGUAAAACGUGUGUUCAACAAAAUCCGUACCUCACUUUUUUACAAGAGGGUUAGCAAGCUCAAAAGGUUAUAUCAUUUGCAAGUGGGGAAAAAGUCUUGUUAAAUGUAGUUUUUUAAUAAUCGUAUUUGUUGCAAUACUGCUGCGCUUCCCAAGGUAAGUUUUGUUUUGUUUAUUAAUCUGGUAAAGCUCUGGUAGCAUGUGACAUGCCAAUAACUAAGCCCACCUUUGUGGCACGACUUGGAAAUGUCAAUCUCAAUAUUCUGAACUUAAAGGGGAUGCAAAAGUCAAUGCUUGACAAAUCAAAUAUGAUUUGAAAUUACUCAAUCACCACAAAAUGACUUGGGUUUUUUCUCACAGAGUGGAGUACGGCAUGAAAUUAAGGCUGUGGUACUUACUGGAUUUUUUUAUAGAAAAGUAUGAUAGGUUUAACCGUUUGAAAUCAAGAUUGGUAUUACUUGCUUAAUAACUCUUCAUGUGGCUCUUUGAGGGUUUCGUGGAAUCUCCUCAAGUGGCUGUUCUGGGCCCAAUUUCAUGGCUCCGCUUACCGUAAGCACAGAAUCGGUGCUUACGGAAACCAGGGAAUUCUGUGCUACCAGGCAAGCGUAUUUUAUGGGUUAGCGGCAAAUUUUGGCUUCUGCGCGUGCGUACACCACGAUACUAGGCAUUCUACGCUUACAAGGCUAG